AUGAUGAUCGAAAUGGCUUCUUCGAACAGGAUGAGUUCAACGCAGUGGCCGAUCGCAUUGCCCAUCCAAACCCGUACCAGCUGUGGCAGCAGCUGGACAGCGACCGGACAGGCUACGUCAGCCUGCGAGACAUCAGCGAGGACGAUGCUCAGCUCUGGUUUGAAUUUCGAACUUUCUGCGGCGCAAACUUCAAGAGCGC